AUGAAUUUCACUUACCGUUAUGGAGCCCAUCGGCCUCUUCAUGCGUGGAACCACAGCCACGGACACCAUCACGGUGACCUGAAUAGGUCGAUGGAAAAAGGCUACUCUUCAGAAGGGUGUUAUGAGCAACUCUUUGUCUCGCCAGAAGUAUUUGUGAUCUUGGGCUUUGUGAGUUUGCUGGAGAACGUGCUGGUGAUCGCCGCUAUAGCCAAGAACAAGAAUUUGCACUCCCCGAUGUACUUUUUCAUCUGCAGCUUAGCGGUGGCUGACUUGCUGGUGAGCAUCUCGAAUGGGUCAGAAACCAUCGUCAUCACCUGGCUGAACAACACGGAAGUCGACACACACAGUUUUACCGUUAGCAUCGACAAUAUCAUUGACUCAGUGAUUUGCAGCUCUCUGCUGGCCUCCAUUUGCAGUCUGCUUUCCAUAGCCGUGGACAGGUAUUUCACAAUCUUCUAUGCUCUCCAGUAUCACAACAUCAUGACAGGGAGGCGUGUCGGUAUCAUCAUCACCUGCAUCUGGGCCGCCUGCACAGUCUCAGGGGUCCUGUUCAUCAUUUAUUCCGACAGCAGCGUUGUCAUCAUUUGCCUCAUCGCCAUGUUCUUCACCAUGCUAGUCCUCAUGGCAUCUCUCUACGUCCACAUGUUCAUGUUAGCCCGUUUGCACAUGAAAAAGAUUGCGAUUCUCCCAGGCACAGGCUCAAUUCGGCAAGGGGCCAACAUGAAGGGCGCCAUCACCCUGACCAUCUUGAUCGGGGUCUUCGUAGUGUGCUGGGCCCCGCUCUUCCUCCACUUGCUCUUCUACAUUUCAUGCCCUCACAAUCCCUACUGCAUCUGUUUCAUGUCCCACUUUCACCUGUACCUCAUCCUAAUCAUGUGUAACUCCAUCAUCGAUCCGCUUAUCUACGCUUUCCGAAGCCAAGAGCUGAGGAAAACCUUCAGGGAGAUCAUGUGCUGCUGUAGCCUGAGAGAGUCGUGUGAUUUCUCAGGAAAAUAUUGA